CUUCUGAAUUUUUGUUUUGGGGUGGCGAGAAUACUAUAUCGUCUGUGUAGAGAGACUGCAAAGCAAAUUCAAAGUAUCUCAUCUUAACGUUGCGUGUGACUGAUUGUAAUAUAUCUUUGUAUUAUUGUACCAGCAUAUAUUAUAAUCAUGUGGAGGGCCGCGGUAGGAAACACAACCGAAGAUAUUACUAAACCUUCAGUGCAAGAUAAUGAUGAUGAUGACUGGGAAACUGAUGCAGAUUUUGUGAAUGAAGUUUCUGAACAGGAACAGAGAUGGGGUUCAAAAACAGUGGAAGGCUCAGGAAGAGUUGCUCAUAUCAGUGUUGAUAAGCUAAGAGACGAUGUAAAACAUGAUGACAGUAGCGUGAAAAACAAACAGUUUGAGGAAGGACCAAAAGCUGCAUAUGGUUAUGGUGGAAAAUUUGGAGUUCAGAAAGACAGAAUGGAUAAAUCAGCAGUGGAUGCUUCAUAUCAGGCAAAGUUAGCUGCACAUGCUUCACAAGUUGAUGCAGCCAAGGGCUUUGGAGGGAAAUAUGGAGUUCAGAAAGAUCGAAUUGAUAAAUCAGCUGUAGGAUACAGCUACAAAGCAGAUCUAGCUAAGCACGAAUCACAAGUAGAUGCUGCAAAAGGUUUCGGAGGGAAAUAUGGAGUUCAGAAGGAAAAUGUGGACAAGUCAGCUGUUGGUUACGAUUACCAAGAGAAAAUGGCACAACACGAAUCUCAAAAAGAUUAUUCCAAGGGAUUUGGUGGAAAGUACGGUGUACAAAAAGACAACGUUGAUAAAUCUGCACAUGGAUAUGAUUACCAGGCAAAACUAGAGCAGCACGAAUCUCAAAAAGAUUAUGCUCGUGGGUUUGGUGGUAAGUUUGGUGUUCAAAAAGAUCGCCAAGAUAAAUCCGCUCACGGAUGGGAUGAUCACGAAUCACUGGCAAAACACGAAUCACAAAGAGAUUAUGCGGUUGGUUUUGGGGGAAAGUUUGGUGUCCAGAAAGAUCGUCAAGAUAAAUCGGCACUUGGUUGGAAUGAACAGCAAGCUUUAUCCAAGCAUGAAUCACAGAAAGAUUAUUCAAAGGGAUUUGGAGGGUCAUAUGGUGUUGAAACCGAUCGAAUGGAUCAAUCUGCUGGGACCUUUGAAGAUAUGUCAGAUGCGAGUACAACAUACAAGAGGACAGCACCAAGUGGUGGAAGUGCUGGGAAUAUCAGGAACAAAUUUGAAAACAUGGCACUUGCUGGGGAGGAAGAGAGCAGGAAAAGAGCAGAGGAAGAGAAAGCCAGGAGAAGAGCGAAGGAGGAGAGUGAGAGAAAAGCUGCUGAGAUGAAGAGACAAGAGGAGGAAAGGCAGUCGGAGCAAGCUCAAAGAGCAGAAGAGCAAAAAAGAUAUGAAGAAGAGCAAAAGCAAGCGGAGGAGCAACGAAGAUAUGAAGAGGAGCAACAAAGAUACGAGGCUGAGCAAAGUAGUUACCAGGAUGCUCCUCCCAAUGAUGAUGAUAAUUAUGAGCCGGAGUCUACCUACCCUGAUAUUCCAGUUUCAAAUCAAGAACCAGAGCCUGCUGUAGAAGAUUAUAAUGCAUAUGAAGCUGUAGGGGGACAGCAAAUAGAAGAAGAGAAUCCUUAUGCUGGUGUUGAUGACGCACCUGCUGUGGAUCAAGGGAUGUGUGCUAAAGCUUUGUAUGAUUAUCAAGCAACUGGUGAAGACGAGAUAACCUUUGACCCUGAUGACAUCAUAACCCAUAUUGAACAAAUUGAUGAGGGUUGGUGGUCUGGCACAUUCAACGGACAAACUGGUUUAUUUCCAGCAAAUUUUGUUGAAUUGAUAUGAAAAACUUGAAUCACAAUGAUAAUUCAUGUGAAUUUCAACAAUCAUUAAUGUAUUGGAGAUCAUUUCAUGCUUUGUGUAAAUCUAAUAUGCACUUAUAUAUCCAAGUAUAAUGUAACAAUUGAGUGUAACUAUACACUGUCUUCAUUUAUUCGUUGUGUUUGCGUAACAAUAAUUUUUAAUCACCAGGUUUAUAUAUAUAACAAGUUUCCUUCUGUGUAUACUUUGAAAUUCCGAACCUAUUUCCUUGUGCUCUGCUAUUACUUACUGGAUUAAUAAAUGUGCAAAAUUGGUUUUAACUGUAAAAUUAUUAUUUUCAUGCCUUGUAUUUUCAGAA